AGCUGCAGUUUGGAUUGGACACGUUCCUCCUGUCAGUGGAGAUGAUCUGUCUGUAAUAGCUUAAUUUGUUGUUCAAACAAAACAAAGAGGGAGACUUCACGGAUGACUCUGAACGCCGGUGGCCCGGGCUAUGGAAGUUUGUCCAGUCCCGGGUUUUCGAACAGUGCGAGUGGCACUGAGGCGGUGCCGCUGCUCAUCCCAGAGCAUGAGCCAGAGGCGCGUCAGGGCUGGAGGCCUCUGUCCAGGGAGGAGCUGGAAGAUGAAGCGGGAAGCCCGGGAUGGAGAAAGUUCCGCUUUUACCUGGUGCUGGUGUUCUGGCUCACCUGGGUGGCCCUACUCGGCACGGCCAUCGCCAUCCUCGUGUUGACGCCCAAACCCGUGGCUCAGCCGCUCAAAUGGUGGCAGAAGACCUUAUUCUACCAGCUCCAGCCAGACCUGCAGCUUGAUGCUGCUUUGGAGCGGUCUGGGAACCUGAAUGCUGUGUAUGAGGAAUUGUCCUACCUCAGGUCUCUGGGUGUGGGGGCAUUAAUCUUGGAGGGGCUGUUUGGAACAGACGUAUCCCCUGUGAACAUCUCUGCCACUGUCAAAGGCUCUGCCACAUUCCCUGUGAUUCAGCACAUCCUCCAGCAGAGCAACAAAGCAGAUCUAAAGGUCGUGUUGGACUUUUGUGAUGUGGACCUGCUGGGACCCCGGAUGGGAGGAAUGGACAUAGAGGAGUCAAACACUUUAGCUAAUGUCAAGGACACACUCCGGUUCUGGUUGGCUCAAGGAGUAGCAGGGUUUACCAUCUGCGACACUGACGAAGCAUUUUCAGAAAAGACUCUACUGGAGUGGAGAGUUGUUCUGCAAGAACUCAACUCUGAGGAUGAGUGCAUCAUUUUAGUCAAACAAAGAGGCGAUAAUUUGCCUCCCCUCAAUAACUCAACUACAUUGGUGGACGUGGUCAUUAAGUCAAUCCUGCCCAUGUCUUCUCACCUUUUGUCUGGACAAGAAGUCUCCACUGCCAUUGAGACACAUCUGUACAGAACAGAUACCAGUGGAGUAUGGACCAGCUGGAUGGUUGGAGGGAAAGCGUCAGAGAAGUUAAAGAAACUACUGCUGGUGCUGUUGAUGACGCUGCCUGGGUCUCCUGCAGUGGAGCGUGACUCAGACAUCGAUCAAAAAGAGGAUAUGGAUCUAAACCCUGCUACAUUUCUCAGAGUGGACAGUGAACCUGAAUCAGACAGCCCAGACACUAAGAAGAGGCGGCAUGUAGCUCACGCGUUGUUCACCUCCCUCAGUCAUUCCAGGGCCAGAGAGGAGGCUCUACUGUAUGGCACAUUCAGCUUUCUGCCUUUUCACACCUCCAACUCCUCCAACUCCACUGCCCCUCCGCCCCCUCCCGUCCUGGCCUUCCUGCGCUCUUGGGGGUGUGUUCAUUUCCUCAUUCUGCUCAAUAUUGGACCCCAGACUCACGCCCUGGACCCUGCUUGGGCACCCAGUCUGCCAGAAGCGGGAGUGUAUGUUGCCAGUACUGGGAUGGACCGCUUGGGAGCAACAUCUCUGGACACAUUGGUGCUUCAGCCACAUGAGGCCAUUGUCAUAAAACUGUUUGAGGCUGGAGCGUAUUCAUAAAGCUUGUUAGAAUUUCACCAAAGAAGACAAAGUAACAGAUCAUUGUUUUAAUUUGUGUUUUAUAAAUAUGAACUAUAAUGCAAUUGGCAAUUUUCAAUAAAGCAAAGGUUUUAUGUUCUUAAAGGUAAAGGGGGUGCUUACACAAACAGUUCACUAUGACAGAAUACACGGUUAUUUAUUGAAGUAAUCUGCAAAAAUCACUGUUUAUGCAGCACAUAUUGUUUCAAUCUUGCUCAAAUUGCAAUAAAGUAUUAUCUGAUU